ACAAUUGGUUUUCGGGUUUCGAGAAUUACCUCCGCCGCCGAGAAUUUGAAGUACCGGAUGAGCUAGGGUACGGAGGUCGAAGGUGAAAUUUCCUUAAAGCUGGUCGGAGCUUAGGGCUAGGGUACUAGCUAUUGACCUGGGAGCCUCCGUUGGUCGAUAUAGUAGGAUGUGAUAAACGAUUUCAAUUGCCAGCACAUCAAAAUGGACAUAAUCACCGGCCACUGCGGUUUCUAACAGGCCACAAAUAUUUUCAAGGCUGUUUUACGUCUACUACUAUAUAAUGUCUCACCCAGCCAUCGUAUUUCUAUUCCCAUAAAUUCCCUCUAAUGAAUACGUCGUCGACGUCUUCGAGUCAGACUACAAUCAUCAUCUCUAAUCUUCACUGCAGCAGCUGUGUACGCACAAUCAAUCAAGUGCUCUUCUCUCUGUCCCCCCCUCCAACGACGGUGGACAUAUCCAUCGUCCACCAGACAGUGACAGUCGCGCAUGCCCCUACAAUACACGGACACACCAUACAAUCAAUCCUUGAAGACGCUGGGUUUGAGCUAUCCGAUGGCUCAGCUUCUAGUCCCUCCGAUCAAAGGCUUUCACAACGGAUGAGUAGCACCCUUUCAGGAAAAUAUCAAAAGCAUAUACAACAGUGUUUAUCGUGUCAGGAGGCGGACGCUAUGGCACUUGAGGACAUAGUUCCACAGCUCCUGCAGUCCGGCGGCGUUUCUCCAACGGAUUGCUCCACACAAGGUGGAUCAGAGAAGGACACAGAAUUGAGCCUGAAAACGUUGCACGAAGUCGGCCUCGGUGAUGUGCCGCAUCUCGUCACAUUGUCCGUAGGCGGUAUGACAUGCUCCUCAUGUCCGGCUACCAUUACCGAAAUGGUCUCGCAACUCCCUGGAAUCUCCGAAGUGGUAGUAAGCCUGCUCAACCACUCCGCCACAGUUGUUGUUGCUCGAAAGGACCUUGUUGGUUCCGUCACAGAAACGAUUGACGACUGCGGCUAUGAAGUCGACGUCAUCACGGUCGAGCCACUCGUCCCAUUGACAUCAGAAAGUGCGACGGGUCCUCGGAAUUUAUCCCUUUGUAUCAACGGAAUGUAUUGCCAAGAUUGUCCAGCAAAGAUCAUGACUGCCUUGCAGAAGCUCCAGCCAAACGUCACUAUGAUCAAACCUUUGUCAAACCAUUUGGACCCCAUAAUGGAAGUGUCCUACAAGCCAUCACCUCCAGACUUCACCAUCCGCUUCAUCAUAGCUACCAUCGUGUCCGUGGAGCCGGAGUCGUACAGUGUAUCGAUUUAUUGUCCACCUACGCUCGAAGAGCGCACGCGCAGCAUGCAGCAGCGCGAGCAACGAGCCUUGCUGCUGCGCCUAUUUUUUACGUUUAUCAUUGCGAUACCCACGUUCAUCAUCGGCGUGGUUUACAUGAGCCUUGUUCCCGGCGCCAAUCAGACGAAGCAAUACCUAAUGGAGCCCAUGUGGAAUGGAAAUGCGUCCCGGUUCGAGUGGGCGCUCUUCUUCCUGGCAACUCCAGUGUACUUUUAUGGCGCUGGCUUAUUUCAUCGUCGGAGCAUCAAAGAAAUCAGGUCUUUAUGGAGGAAAGGGAGCACGACUCCGAUCGUGAAGCGCUUUACUAGAUUCGGGAGUAUGAACCUUCUGGUUUCUACCGGAGUAUCUGUGGCCUACUUUUCAUCGAUUGCGCUUCUCAUUCUUGCAGCGAUACAGCCACCUUCGAGCAGUGGUGCAGCGCAAGAUACCACAUAUUUUGAUGCUGUCGUAUUCCUGACCAUGUUCUUGCUUGUUGGCCGCUAUCUCGAUGCAUACAGCAAAGCAAGGACUGCCGACGCCAUUACUGCGCUUGGCUCGCUCCGUCCUCCCGAAGCUCUUCUCUUGAUUCCUCGCUCUGCUUCUGAUUCCACGGCUCCCGCGAUCGUUUCCCGCAAAGAUCCCGAAAAAUGUGACGUGUCAUUUGAUAAUGGUAGCCUGGUUGCUUCUCCUGGGUUCAAGUUUAAGAAGGUCCCCGUUGACCUUUUGGAGGUUGGCGAUGUGGUGCGUGUGCAAAACGGAGCUACGCCACCAUCAGACGGUACAAUUGUGUCCGGUGCGGAGACGUCCUUUGACGAAAGCUCUUUGACGGGUGAGGCUCGACUUAUCAAGAAGAAUGUCGGAGACAAGGUUCUUCUUGGGACAAUCAAUAAGUCCAGGGCUGUAGACAUUCGAGUUGACGCUAUUGGCGGUGUUACAAUGUUGGACCAGAUCGUGCAGAUCGUCCGUGAGGGCCAAACUCGCAGGGCGCCAAUUGAGCGUAUUGUAGACCACAUCACAGGUGUAUUCGUCCCGAUCGUUACUUUGCUGGCGAUUAUUACGUGGUUGAUAUGGCUGGCCUUGGGUGUUAGCGGUACCCUCCCUAGCAGUUAUCUAGAUAUAAGUUCAGGCGGAUGGGUCAUCUGGUCUCUCGAAUUUGCAAUCGCAGUAUUCGUCGUGGCAUGCCCUUGCGGCAUUGGUCUCGCGGCGCCUACAGCCCUUCUUGUGGGAUCCGGCCUUGCAGCCAAAUACGGCAUAUUGGCCCGCGGAGGCGGAGAGGCUUUCCAGGACAUGGCACAACUUGACAUCGUCGUGUUCGAUAAGACCGGAACACUUACUGAAGGUGGUGAGCCUCGAGUGUCUGAUGCCGUCCUGCUUUCUUCGGUGCCUGGGGAGACGCUUCUUGGAAUCGCCGCGGAGUUGGAAUCUGCUUCCUCUCACCCGCUCGCAAAUGCGAUUCGGCAGUAUGCAGGGAAGCAUGGUGCUGUAUCUGUUACUGGUAGCGCAUUCGAUGAGAUUGCUGGUAAAGGUAUCAAAGCAGAUUUUGAUGACAUGCGUCGCAAGGCGAUCAUAGGAAACGAAGUCCUGAUGCGAGAUCAUGAAGUACUACUCUCUCCAAACGUUCUCCAAAUGCUUGAGAGGUGGAAAUCAGAGGCGAAGAGUAUUGUCCUUCUCGCGGUUACGGACGCGGACUUGGAUGAUCGAUUCGUCGUUGCAGCGAUAUUCGCUGUGUCGGAUCCUAUCAGGGGAGAAGCUACUGGGGUCGUUCGCCGUUUGCAGGAGCAGGGCAUUGGGACAUGGAUGAUAUCAGGGGACAACGAGACGACGGCUAAAGCCGUUGCGAAAUCUGUCGGCAUUCCGGAAAUGAAUGUCAUCGCUGGUGUCCUGCCCCAACAAAAGGCCGAAAAGAUUGAGUGGCUGCAGCACAAUGGCGCCAAGCGUCCUUCUUCACGAUGGCAGCGUAUUCUGCACAGGUCGAUGUCAAAUCAGCGUUGCAUUGUCGCAAUGGUCGGUGAUGGUAUUAAUGACGCACCUGCACUGGCAGCCAGUGACAUAGGAAUAGCCAUUGGAUCUGGGAGCGACGUCGCGAUAUCUAGCGCUUCGUUUAUUCUCGUAUCUUCGAACCUCAAAAGUCUACUCAUUUUGAGCGAUCUCUCGAUAAAAGUGCUCAAUCGCGUUAAAAUUAACUUUAUGUGGGCAAUCAUGUAUAAUAUGAUUGCAGUCCCCAUCGCUGCUGGUGUCGUGUACCCUGCAGGACAUGUACGUUUAGCUCCCGUAUGGGCGUCAUUGGCCAUGGCAUUAUCCUCUGUGUCUGUGAUUUGCUCCUCCCUCGCACUCAAGUUGUACAGGGAGCCGAAGAUACAGCUUUAACAAGUUCAAUUGCGUUCGGCAACACUGUAGUCAACUCAUUAUCUAGAUCUGUUCCUGUACCAUUCAUGUCAGUACUGUAUCCCUAGUAUGUU